UACCAGCACACAACGCUUUGAUUCCAUCUGAGAAGGGGGAAGGUCGUGCCAAAGUUGGUGUAUAAGAGGGAUGACAUCCUCACUCUAAUCGAAGCACAACAUCAAGCAUCACUUUCAAUACAUCAGCUCAUCAACAACCACACAAUCAUCAUAUACCGAUAUUCAUCAUGCGUUUCUCCCAAAUCGCCACUCUUCUUUCCGUUGCCGCUGCGGCCAGCGCCCAGUACACCUACAACAUUACUCAAGCUGAGAAAGCGGGUAACAUGGAGAAGUACAAGUGCUUGGACAACAAGAAGCUCAGCAAAUGGAUGCCCAAGUGCCUUCACCAGUGCCAGGAGAAGGCCAACCAUGCUGACGGCUGUGCGCCCGAUGAUUUUACUUGCCAUUGCAUCAACUACAGCGUCUACUCCGCCGCGAUCGAGCCCUGUGCCUUCCCUGCCGCCCUCGGCGGUAAGGGCACUUGCUCGUUUGAGGAGCUCGGCAAGGCACGCCCUAUCGUUCAGGACAUGUGCAACUUCUUCAACGCCACUCUGUACGAAGACUACGAGGAGUGUGACAUAGAAUUGAGCGAGGAGAAGACGUACCUGAUCCUCGCUGACGAGGAAUUCGGAGAGGUUACUUACUAGGUGUGAAGGAGUAAGGCUUGCAGUAAUAGACGGUGGUAUUAGACUUAGGAUUGAAC